AUGAUUGAAUCUAAGAGAAAAAAAAAGGGGUCACGUCAAUUUGACCAUGUCAGUAAAAUAGCAGAAGAACAAGAAGAAGAAGAAGAAGAAGAAGAAGAAGAAGAAGAAGAAGAAGGGAGAAGAGAGGUGAAUAAAGACAAUGAUGAUGAUGAUGAUGCUUUGGAUGAUGAUGAUGAUGAUGAUGAUGAUGAUAAUGAUGAUUUGGAUGAUGAUGAUGAGGAGGCUUUGGAUGAUGAUGAUGAUGCUUUGGAUAAUGAUGAUGAUGAUUUGGAUAAUGAUGAUGAUGAGUGUGAAAUAGAUUAA